CGAAUGCGAACACAGAUACCUAACCUAAAUCAAAUAACAAAUCCAAAGUCGCUUGUGCUGAGCAGUGAAAUGUUUAGCGUCAACUUCUAACAACUACCUACCUAGGUACCUAGUCUUCAGUAAUAUAAAUCAUAUCAACUUUUCGGAGUUCACGAGCUUUCGGGCUGUGUCUACCGUCAAAAUGGCUCCAUCGGCGAAUCUAACUACAAAGCUAAAGGUCCAGCUAAAACUAUCCAUUGCACGAUUGCGCAUGGUGCAGCAGCGUGAUGAAGCCAUGGGAAAGACGCAAAGGAGGGCAAUGGCCCAGUUGCUGGAGGUCGGUAAGAUUGAUUCAGCCAAGAUUAGAGUUGAGAAUAUUAUUCGAUCCGAUAUCACUACGGAACUCCACGAAAUCCUCGAGCUGUAUUGUGAGUUAUUGCUAGCGCGAGCUGGCCUUUUAGAGGGUAGCGUAUGCGAUCCUGGAUUGGAAGAAGCAGUGAAAAGCAUCAUAUACGCUGCUCCUAAGACGGAGAUCAAAGAACUGCAGCAAGUACGCAUACUUUUAGCGGAGAAGUACGGCAAGGAGUUCGUGCUGUCCGCCAUGGAAAACUCGGACAAGAAAGUCUCCGAGAAGGUCAUCAAGAAACUCAGUGUCACCCCACCUCGAGAAGAGCUUGUCCAGGGUUAUCUGGAAGAGAUCGCGCGAGCAUAUGGAGUCAACUGGCCGAGGCGAGCUAAGGAUCUAGGGGAUCCUCCCGAAUUCGUGGACGACGACACAAAUGAUAAUCCAAGUGGCGGGCAAGCGCAGAAGAGUUCAGAAGCAGCUCUGCCUACUGACGACAAAUCUGCGCAAGAGAGGGAAGCGCUUAGCCGCGAAACUCCCCCUCGAACCCUAGGUCUGGAUUCUCCGGUACAUAUUAAUCCACCAAGUCCAUCCUCGGAUAACCCUCGCCCGAGAAUUACGUUGAACUCAGUAGAACUGAAACCCAGUCAGAAGAUGGUUGAUGCUGGAAUGUCGAAGAGCAACGAUAGUAAGAAGGAUAGGACGAGCGUUGAUGAAUUAACAGCUCGCUUUGCUGCUCUGAAGCGUUGAUAAUGCCUCCAUAUCAGGUCCUAGAGAAUUUGAAACCCUUAUAAGAUGACUUCAUCGGCGAUCAAGCUACCCCGUUCUCUCUAAUUCUAUCUUCCGGCUCAUCUUAUAUAUAUAACCUACCUCCUUAUAGCUCUUUAGGUACUUAUAUGAGAUAUAUUUAUCUUGAAUAAA